UAGCUUUGGUAUAGUGCUUACUGCUUAGAAAUUUGAUGCUGAUGAUAGUCAAAAGAAACGGUUAUCUUGACUUGAAAACUUAAUAGCUUGAUGACUCCAUUAUUUCAGGUAAAGGUGAAGUGUACACAUGGGGUUGGAAGGAGUGUGUUCCACCUGGAAAAGUUACUUGUAGUUGGACAAGUAUGAAAACCUUUGAAAGGAACAGGUCUGCAAAACAAAGUUCUACACUGACUGAGCAAGGGAGCCCACAGUCUCAAGGUCCAAAACCUUCUGUCGGAUCACUUUCUUGUUCAGAUGAUAAAAACAUUGAAGAUGAAAGUAUAAAGAGAAGAAAGGUAUCAACUCAAGAAGAAUCUGAAAUAUCAAUCCCUGCUGAAGAAACACUUUCAGCGCCACCUUGUCUUGUAAUGCUGGAUCCCCUGGUGAAAAUUACAUCUGUUGCUGCUGGUGGGCGACAUACGUUGGCAUUGUCAGGUCAUAUGAAGUAUGAAGCUAUGAAGAUCUUUAAUGUAAAGCAAGAGGUCUUAAAUGUAAAGCAAGAUACCUGAUUCAUCAUAUUUUUACCGGAUUUAGAUGUAGGACAGGUAUGGGGUUGGGGCUAUGGAGGUGACGGGCAGCUAGGUUUGGGCAACCGGGUAAAAACAGUGGCUUCUCCUCAUCUCAUUCCGUGUAUUGAUCCAUCUUCAUGCAUAAAA